CGUUGAGAGAGUUGGGAGUAUUUUGCUUAUCGCUUCUCGACACCUGUUAACACGAAUCUUGCUUCACCCUUGACGUUUUCACAUUCUGUGUUUCGACAUAGAGAUAGUAAAUGCAUUAAUCCGUGAGGUCGGCUUCCAUGUUUUCCGCCUGGAAACAAGUAUUCAAAUGCAAUAUCAUGAAAACAAGAAAUUAAGACAGAAUGAGCUGCUCCGUAGAAUUACGCCAGCGUAGGCAACAGGGGAUGGCGGAGGAUCCUCAUAAACUCGCGGCGAUGAUGAAUAAGUCUCAGAGGCUUAUACUAGGACUUUUAAUUCUAUUACUGGUCGAUAUAAUUUGGGUAUCAAGCUCUGAACUUACCAAAUAUAUUUACAGGGAUGCAACCUUUGAGAAACCAUUUUUCAGUACAUAUAUAAGGACAUCUAUGUUUACAUUUUAUUUGCUCGGCCUGUGCUUUUGGCCACCUUGGCGGGAACAAUGUAAUAGACCUGCAACAUAUAUGUUUAUAGAUCCUAAUAUCGAAGAUGACAACUUCUAUGCGGAAGCUAAUACUAGUCUAAGCGACCCAACGUUUGUUCCAAUAAAAACUCCAGAUCAUUGUGACCGCUCAUCGGGUACAGAAAGUGACGAUUCGUCUAUCCGUUCUGUAAGAUUUAGUAAACUAGCUGAGGUGCGCCAUAUGUCAGAAAGUGAUGCCACGGAAGCUUUAUUGGCACGGCUUAGUUAUCAAGCCAGUGUUAGAGCCGGAGAACACGCGAGACGACAAGCUAACAAAUUCUCUGUACAAAAAGUGGCUAAAAUAGCCCUCAUGUUUUGCUUGUUUUGGUUCAUAGCAAAUUAUACGUAUCAGAUAUCAUUAGAACAAAUUGAAGAUAAAAUUGUGAUUGUACUGGCAUCAACAUCUAGUUUAUUUACAUUAUUUCUCGCUGCCUUCUUUCCCAGUAAUGGAGGGGAUAAGCUUACAUUGUCCAAAUUAGCUGCUGUAUUCGUUAGCUUCUUUGGAUUAAUAUUAGUUGGCAUCUCAGAUUUGACUGUAGAAAACAAUAGCAAGUCAAUGGGCAUAAUAUUAGCUCUAGUCAGUGCUUUUUUUUAUGCUGCAUAUAUUGUAUUUUUAAAAAGAAAAGUAGAUCAUGAAGAGAAAAUGGAUAUACCUAUGUUUUUUGGUUUCGUGGGAAUAUUCAAUUUAACGCUUUUGUGGCCUUUAUUUUUUAUCCUUCAUUACGGUCAUUGGGAAGAAUUUGAAUGGCCCAAUAGUCACCAAUGGACAUUCCUAAUUAUAAAUGGCCUGAUUGGUACAGUUUUAAAUGAAGUUCUUUGGCUAUGGGGCUGCUUCUUAACAUCGUCUCUCGUAGCGACAAUGGCUGUAAGCUUAACAAUGCCCAUGUCAAUGGUAGCUGAUGUCCUCUUGAAAAAAGUUGAAUACCCCUAUAUUUUCUACUUUGGAAGCAUUCCAAUGUUCUUGGCAUUUCUAGCAGUGUCUCUUUUUUCUUAUUACGAUAAUUGGGAUCCUGUUAUGAACUUAAUGAAAAGAUUUUUUAUCUGGAUUUGCAGAAAAAACAGAUCUACAAGGAUUCCAGAUCUUGAAGCGGAGCAAACAGAAUCCCUAAUAGGGAUAGAUAGUGGUGAUCAUGAAGCUUAAUAUGACAAUAAUGAGAGGAUCGAAAAACAUGGUAAAACAUUUCAUGAUAUAUAUAUGCCGUCAUAAUAAUUAGAUCAAUAAGCGCGUGAUUCUCUCUUAUAUAUACGUGCCUCCCCAUCGGCCGUAAACACCCGUUUCCAUUUAUAUAUUUCAUUCAUACACAUUCAUUUAUAUGUCUCAGCGACAGUUGUGUAUUACAUUCUGAUAUAACGAUCAUAUAAGAUUCCAUUUUCUCUAUAUACAUAUUUCUAAAUAUUACUUUAUUUCACAUUCAAUCACAAAAUAAUAUUACUGCCGGACAAUAAUCAUUGUGGGUCAAGUUAACAAACAUAACGAACAUGAUUAACAUAUUUUAUUUCUUCGAAUCUAUUUUUCCGAAACUACCUCUUUAUAUUUCUAAUCGAUUUAUCAUAUGAACACUAUGUUUUCAUAAACUCUACUAAUAAGAUCUGGUAUAUAAUUGUUAUUUCAAAACUGCAGUUUGGAUGUUGCAUUUUACUCUAUUCUAUAAUCGAAUUCAUAUAAAAAGCAAGAAAUUCAGUGUCUUUAACAAAAUCUGUAUAUAGUAAUACAGUAAGAGUUGAUUGAAAUCAAAGAAAUAUUCGUUUAUA